CUUGAACUGUACUGUGACUCGACAUGAUCCUAUCUAUCUCCUUACAUAUCCCCCCUCAACCUCCACAACUCCCAUAACACAUCUCAAUCUCAAUGUCAAUCUCAAUAUCAUAAAUAUAUCUCAAUCUCUCCCUUUUCAUAUUCCGCCGGGCUCAGCGGUCGAUCAUGCCUCUUUCUUUAUUCUGCCGAGUCCAACAGCUGAUCUGGCUCCCUUCUUUAUUUUGCUGAGUCCAGAAGCUGAUUAGGUCCCGUUCUUUAUUUUGCCGGUCCAGCCGCCAAUCUGAGUCUUUUUAUAUUCCGCGGGGUCCAACGACCAAUCAACCCAUUUCAUCUCCCGCCAAGACCAACAGACAACAUCAUAAACUAACAUAUAAUCCGAUUGCUUAAUUUAACUUACAUGAUAAUAACCUCGGCAUGAUAAUUAACCUUUAUCAAUAUAAGAUAAUCCUAUAAUAUACACCUUGCACCACAACAACCUUCAAUGAUAUAACAUAGAACACACCACUCACCCUUAUAUGUCAAAUCAAAGAAACAAGAUCAAGCAAAGUCAACCACAAGGGCCAAUUUACAGCACACAAAGCACCCAAUUGCAAUUCCAAUCAAUUCCAUAGAAGUCCGACCAUCACAGUCAUUCAGAUCACACUGGCUAAUCCACUUAGAAAUGAAAGCUACUAAUUUAUACAAACCAAUAAUAGAAAGUCGAUCGUAUAAAUUAGAUACAGCAUUAUAUCACAAUGAUCCAAGGCAGCAAGCAAGUAGCUAAAAUCAAAUCCAGGGCAACAAUCUAACCCUAGAAAACUAUCAAAUCAAAGGCAACAAUCUAAAAUCAAGCAAACUCAACCAUAAGGAACUAUACAUAGUUCACAAACACAUCUAUACCCAUUCGAGUUCAUAAGAUUCACUAGCUUUUUCAAAUUUAACUAAUUUUUCACACAUGUCUAGGCUCAAGCAAGGAAAACAUAUAAAAUUUAAGUAUAUUGGCUAACUUUGACUAAUUUGGAGAAACCUACCUCGUUUCAAGUCGGAGAUGAAAACAAAUCCCAGGAAACUUUCUCAAAUCGUUUAACCUUCAAACCUACAGCCAAAACCUCUACCAUGGUACUGUCAAAACUAAAUUUUCAUUUAUACAGUAGGAUUCAAAGGGCUAGUCAAGAAUCAAAAUAUUCAAGACCAAAUUAUGUAAUAUAUUGGGAACUGUCACCAUAAAAAUUGCAAUCAAUUUCGAAUAUUCUUUAUCUUGAAUGUACACCCCAUUAACUGAAAACAAAGGGAAAAACAAGGGGGUUCUAGUAGCUGUCCAGAAACAAGAUCAAAACAGAGGAAUUUUUGCUACGGUUGAAAUCUGAUUUUUUUUUUUCUUGUCUUUGCACGGCUGAUAUUCUCUAUCCCCCUCACUGGGCUCUGUGGUUUUGCUCCAGCCGAAGAGAUGAAAAGAAAAGAAAGAGAACGAAUAUGAAGGAAAGAAAUAGGAGGAGGUGGAGAAGAUUGGGUUUAAGGGAAAUUCUUGGGUGUAUUAUGGUGCAUGCUGGUCACCACUUAAUUCCCCACUCAUUUUAACUUUAUAAACCUGAUUAUCAAACUUUAAGAAAUCAUAAAAUUUUUAAUACUUAUUGCCAAAUAAAUUACUGAUACCUAAUGAAUGAUAAAAAUAAAUUCUAAAUUUAAGCGUAAAUAUGUCCUAUAAAAAAUUCGGGAUGUCACAGCUAUUCACUUGUUGGGUCUUCUUCAUGCUAAACACGUCGUUUGCUAGUUGCUUUCAAUCGUGAAAGAAGGAAUGUCAUUGAAAACUAAGAGGCCAUCUUGCAGUCUAUGUUGGAGAAGAAGCCUUCAUUGCCCAGAGCAGUUCGGCAAGGAUCUGGCAAACUCAAGGAAUUCUGUUAUUUAAAUGAUAAGCAAUAACUUACGCCCUUGACCAACAAAGUGCAUUUGCGUCCAUUUUAUCCACAUGUUGGGCCCUUAUCGUAGAUUCCAGCUAGCACAAGUUUUUCUAUCUACAAGUCAUAUGUUUCGGUGCGCCUGCACAAGUUGUCCCCUGCAACUAGGAGAACUUAAUGUAUUCCAAGGAAGACACAAAAUGUCAGUCGUUGCCAAUUUCCUUGCGUUAAGUUAGAAGACACAUCCAUGUGAAGUCCCAUAGGAAUAUGUCUCUAAUUCGAUCAAACUAUCCUGAAAAUAAGAAAUUCCCCCACACCACUCAUCCCGAACUUCCAAAGAUUUCUGCACCAUCUCGCUAACACUUUUUUUUUUUUUUGAUAAUUAAAAGGCCGGGAGGGGGAGAGACCAGUGUAGCAACCCCUCUGGAGACCAGAGGGGCCCCACAACCGCCAUGGAAUGUUCUAUUCGCUCAAAUAGGUAAAGGGUUCGGUGAGACAUAGCCCACCUAGGUCACCAUGACCCUACCAAAGCGCACAGUGGACCAGAACAACUUCCAUAGGGUAGAAGACAAGGGUAUACUAACGCAAGCGCUUUCGUGUUUGAGUUGAGUUUCGAUCCCUUGAUCUCCCCUUUGGAAAACAAAGUCCGUUACCAAGCUACCACCUUGGUGGUACCAUCCCGCUAACACAUAUCUAUAUAUAUAUGGUUCACUUAGCUUUGCCACAGCCACAUCAAGCACUCAGUCUCUCGAGUUAUUCUACACAAACCUUUCCGUUCUGCUGAUCUUCACAGUCUACCCAAGUGAUUAGCAUUUAAAAUGGCCAUUCGUCGGUCAGCUGUUGCUCAUGCUAAGCAGGUUCUUCGGCGAUCACUUUCGAUCGGUAAAGAAGGAAUGUCUCCAAAAACUCCAAAAGGCCAUCUUGUAGUUUAUGUUGGCAAGGAGGAGAAGCAGAGAUAUACGGUGGCAAUAUCAUACCUGAAUCAGCCUUUGUUCCUGGACUUGCUGAGCAGAGUUGGAGAGGAGUUCGGGUAUGAUCAUCCCAUGGGUGGUCUCACAAUACCCUGCACAGAAGACGCAUUUAUUGAUCUUAUCUCUCAGUUGAGUGAAUUGUAAGAUGAGUGGAGUAGAAGC